ACUUUCUGCUCUAGCUGCCGUCGCCGCCGCCGCCCCCUGGAUCGCCACCGCCAUCCCCGCCUCCUCUUCCUCCUCCUCCUCCUCCUCCUCCUCUGCCUCGAAGAGUCGUUUUCUGCAGCAAAGGAGAGAAGUGCUAUGUCAGGAAAGUUCCGGGAGGGACUGGCUGGGGCCAUGCUCCCCGGGCUCUCCCGCAGGCGUCCGCGCGCUGCCCUUUGUAUGAGGCAAAAGGACUCCUAUGGAAGAUGGAAGUCUUUGUGCAUUUUCCAGAGUGUGUUUCCAAGCCCAUCAGUGAAACAUGAUACUGCUGCUCUGUGUUGAAAUACUUGAAGAACACAUCUCUGCCGGCGCCUUCCAUCCUGCUGAAACCAUGGUCUUCUCUGCAGUGUUGACUGCGUCCCAUACUGGGGCAUCCAACACAACAUUCGUAGUUUAUGAAAACACCAACAUGAAUAUUACGGUCCCUCCACCAUUCCAGCAUCCCGACAUUGGUUUGCUGCUUAGAUACAGUUUUGAAACCAUGGCUCCCACCGGGAUGAGUUCCUUGACACUGAAUAGUACAGCUGUGCCCCCAACACCAGCAGUUUUAAGGAGCCUAAACUUGCCUCUCCAGAUCAUCCUUUCUGCUAUAAUGAUAUUUAUUCUGUUUGUGUCUUUUCUUGGGAACUUGGUUGUGUGCCUCAUGGUUUACCAAAAAGCUGCCAUGCGCUCCGCCAUUAACAUCCUCCUGGCCAGCCUGGCUUUUGCAGACAUGUUGCUUGCAGUUCUGAACAUGCCCUUUGCCUUGGUCACCAUUCUUACCACCAGAUGGAUUUUUGGGAAAUUCUUCUGUAGGGUAUCUGCUAUGUUUUUCUGGUUGUUUGUGAUAGAGGGAGUAGCCAUCCUGCUCAUCAUUAGCAUCGAUAGGUUUCUUAUUAUAGUCCAGAGGCAGGAUAAGCUGAAUCCAUAUAGGGCUAAGGUUCUCAUUGCAGUUUCUUGGGCAACUUCUUUUUGUGUAGCUUUUCCUUUGGCAGUAGGAAACCCUGACCUGCAGAUACCUUCCCGAGCCCCGCAGUGUGUGUUUGGGUACACAACCAAUCCAGGUUACCAGGCUUAUGUGAUUUUGAUUUCUCUCAUUUCUUUCUUCCUACCCUUCCUGGUGAUACUGUAUUCAUUUAUGGGCAUACUCAAUACCCUUCGGCACAAUGCCUUGAGGAUCCAUAGCUACCCUGAAGGUAUAUGCCUCAGCCAGGCCAGCAAACUGGGUCUCAUGAGUCUACAGAGACCCUUCCAGAUGAGCAUUGACAUGGGCUUUAAAACACGUGCCUUCACAACCAUUUUGAUUCUCUUUGCUGUCUUCAUUUUCUGCUGGGCCCCAUUCACCACUUACAGCCUUGUGGCAACAUUCAGCAAGCACUUUUACUAUCAACACAACUUUUUUGAGAUUAGCACCUGGUUACUCUGGCUCUGCUACCUCAAGUCUGCAUUGAACCCACUGAUUUACUACUGGAGGAUUAAGAAAUUCCAUGACGCCUGCCUGGACAUGAUGCCUAAGUCCCUCAAGUUUUUGCCGCGGCUCCCUGGCCACACAAGGCGACGGAUACGCCCCAGUGCUGUCUACGUGUGUGGGGAACAUCGGACUGUGGUGUGAAUAUUGGAACUGCCUGACGUUUUGGGUGAUGGUUGUUCUUUAUCUGACUUUGAUUUUUUUUCUCGUGGCUUCUCCACUUAAACUAUAUUGUUUUUCAUAGGGUGUGUGUGUGUGUGUGCAGUGUGAAGAAAGAAUGGUGAUUAGUUAUAAGUCUGUUACCAAGGAUACACAAUAGGGAAGUGAUCACACGUGUUACCUCCAGGGUUCAAGAGAAAUCCUUGAUGUAGGGUGGGGAGAUGGUUUUCUGUUCCUUUGAUUGAUUUUGUUUUUCUAGUAGGAAUCAGGAUUGUGCUUUAUUGAGCCUGCAGUUACAGUGAAUUGUAGGUAUUCUGUAUGCUGCUAAGAUAUGCUUUGUCGAGUUUAUCAAUUAUUUUUUUCUGGAAGACACUGCUGCUUUUUGCCAUCACAUUGGAGCCAAAAACCACAUACAUCUCAGUAGAUAAAUAUUUAGUUUUAUUU